AUGACGUUACCGCAGGCGAAUCCCGAUCUCCAGGUGGACUAUCCAGCAGUUUUGACGAUAGCGGGCUCGGACUCCAGUGGAGGAGCCGGCAUUCAGGCAGACCUCAAAUCUUUCACGGCACUCCAGUGCUACGGAACGAGUGUGAUCACUGCUCUCACGGCGCAGAACACGACUGGUGUCCAAGGCGUCCAUCCAGUCCCACCGGACUUUGUCAAGCAACAGCUGCACUCGGUACUGAGUGAUGUCUCGAUCAAAGCAAUCAAGACGGGCAUGCUCUCGGAUGCUGGGGUUACGCGCGCUGUGGCCGAGACACUGCAGAGCCAUUAUGGCGACUCUGUACCUCCUUUGGUAUGCGACACCGUCUGCGUCUCUACCUCUGGACACACCCUUCUGCAGCCUGACGCCGUCGAUGUAAUGAUUUCGACCCUAUUCCCACUGGCGGCUUUGAUAACCCCCAAUAAAGCGGAAGCCGUCCUACUGCUCUCUCAUCGAGGUCUCCCUUCGAAAGUCGAAAAUCUAGAGGAUAUGCUUGUAGCAUCCAGAAAUUUACUCUCCCUCGGUCCGAAAGCUGUCCUUCUCAAGGGCGGACAUAUCACCACGACAAUCUCAGACGUGGACCAGGUAAUAGCUGCCCAUCCCCAUGUCCAAGUUGUUCGCGAGGGUCUUCUAGGGGAAAACAUGGAGAUUCUACAAGUUGCCGAGCCCGACCUGUCCUCGCGCGUUUUGGUGGUAGAUGUCCUACAAGAACACAAAGCUAUCACACUCUUCCUACGACCCCGUAUAGAGUCGCAGAGUACUCAUGGAACGGGCUGCACGCUCUCCGCUGCAUUAGCAUGCGCCAUUAGCCGCGGAAAAACAGUUUCGGAAGCGACACGUGUAGCAACCUUGUACACACACCUAGGAAUUGAGACUGCUUUCCCCAUCGGAAGCGGUCAUGGACCUCUCAACCACAUGCACCCCAUCAUCCCCCGUAGUGUACCACUACCAUCAGAGACCAACCCCCAUCCCCUCACUCGGACAUUGAUCGAGUCUACGAAGGAUAUCUGGAAGGCGUAUGUGCAGCACGAUUUCGUGAAACAACUUGCGAUGGGAACGCUGCGACGAGAAUGCUUUUUACAUUUCAUCAAACAAGACUACCUGUAUCUCAAAUAUUAUGCAAGAGCCUAUGGACUUUUGGCCACAAAGUCGUCUACUUUUGGGUCUAUACAAGCGGCCACUAGGACUAUAAUCCACAUAAUUACCGAGGUCUCAAUGCACAAAUCCUUCUGCGCACAAUGGGGAGUAAGCGAAGAAGAGCUGUUGAAUACACCUGAAUCACCUGCGACGACUGCCUAUGGUGCUUAUCUGCUGGAUGUCGGGUUGAGCGGCGACAGCUCUACGCUGGUGAUGGCGCUAGCGGCCUGUCUACUGGGAUACGGUGAGGUAGGAUUAUGGCUAAAGAAAGAAGCAUCCAAGCCAGAUAGCUGGGUCGUAUUAGACGGUAAUCCGUACCAAAAGUGGAUCGAGGACUACUCCGGCGAAGACUAUCAAGCUGCAGUAAAACUUGGACUUCAAACAAUCGAAGGGAUUGGUGCUGCAGAGCCGCCCUCGCCGAAGAGAUUCGAAGAGUGGCACAGAGUCUGGGAGCAAUGUACACGUUUGGAGAAGGGCUUCUGGGACAUGUCACUGAAUCUUCUUUAG